CAAUUGAUUAGAUAACAAUUAAAUUAAAUUUUUGAGGAGUAAGUUGUCAGAUUAGUCAUCACACGGCUGUUUAUUGUUGUUGUUAUUUGUUUUUGUUGUUGUUGUUGAUAUCUUCUGGCUGCUGCUUGGAGAUUACGAUUUACGGUUUUGCGGUAGCAUACGCACUACACACCCGACACGCUGAAGUGUUGUAACCUAACUACUAACCGUAAUAAUAUAGUAACUUCGCAUAUUGCUUUUGCUAUUAUUGUUAUUGGUCAUCGUCGUCGUCUUGAGUGCAUCAUAAAUUGCGUGCCCGGCGAAAUGACUCGGAGUUAGUGUGCCGACCACGGCCGCCGCCGCCAAUGGUCGUCGUCUUUGACGGGGGUGUGGUACUGGCGGUGCGGCAGCCGCAGUCGGAGUCAUAGACAAGUAUACUACUUCCGCUCGAAGUAGGAACGCCGCCACCGGCGCGCGUAUUAAUAUUGCCCUCGAACGGUUGAAGUGCCCUCCGCCGUGGCCGCCAUGUCCGAGAAACAGCCGUGCACUUACCGGCAAACGCGGUUUCACCGAUUCCAUGGUUACAACCUGAGCCUCCACGAACAGGACACUGUGGCCCACCGGGAGAUGAGCUUCGCUAACGCCAUAGUGUUCAGCGAACAGUCGCUGUCGCCGGGUGAAGUGUUCCUCAUCGAGAUCGAGAGCAGCGAAAACGGCUGGUCCGGACACAUACGGCUGGGCCUGACGCAGCUCGACCCGGAUGCGCUGCAGCGCAGCGGCCAUCUGUUGCCACAGUGCGCUAUACCGGACAUGGUGUCCAACAAGGCCAUGGGUGAGUCGUGGAUAUGUGCUCUCACCAAACACCAGGCUUGGUACGACGCCAACUACCUUACCAACUACUUCCGACUGGAUGGUAAUCAUGUAUUCACAUCCCGGGGUACGUUUCCGACCAGCAUUCUGAAGUCUUCGGGCGACGAAAAAAUGGACAUUUUGCCGACGGACGUGGGCAGUCGGGUCGGGGUGUUGUAUUUGCCCUGUGGUCAGAACAUGGCUGUUAUGCAUUUCAUUAUCAACGGUGAGUUUGUCGUUCCACUUUCGAGUACUAUACCGUAUAACGAUGGUCCUAUCAGAGCAGUGAUUGAUGUGUACGGUGCCACUAAACGAGUCCGUGUAAUACAAGUAUAUAACGUUAAUUCGUUGCAGAGUGCGUGCAGGGAAACUAUUCUGAAGAAUAUCAAAGCAGCAUCCGUAUCAAAAUUACCAUUACCCAAUGCUCUUAAAGAGUAUCUCCUAUAUAAGACUUAAUCGGUGAUUACUAUUCUAAGUUUUAACCCUAAUUUUAGUUUCCAAGCUGUAAUUGUAUUUUUUUCUACCAUUACUGUACAUUUUAAAAUUAAUUUUAUUAUUUUUAUUUUGUGCCCAAACAGAAUAUUAUGUGCAAUACCUAUAUGAUGUUUAAUAUAUAUUUUUUUGUUUUGUUCGUCAAGAGUGUUGUUUAUUAUUUUAUUAAAUAAAAACUGUGUAUAAAGUGUAUCUUUGUAA